AUGGCCGUCAACGGCACUGGCACUUUCCACCGCACUCGCCACGACGAGGACGAGGACGUCGACAACUUAUCCCGGAAUGUUCUCGCCGAGUCCUGGAGACAUUGGCCCAAUGAAGCUGCUUUUGACAACCUCGAGGAACAUCGCGGCCCCCUCCCCCUGAAGGUCACAGGAGAGAUACCAGCAUGGGCUGCCGGAGCCCUCUACCGCACAGGUCCAGGCCAGAGCCGCGUCGACAAGACGCCAAAGGGGACGCACUACGUCAGCCACUGGUUUGACGGCUUCGCGCAUACUCACCGCUUCGACAUCAACGCCCCCAGCGCGCCAGGAGAAAAGACGACCGUGACCUACUCGUCCCGCCGCCAGUCCGACGACUAUGUAGCUCGAGUCAAGAAGAAGGGCUGGCGCUCAGGCAUCUCAUUUGGCCAAAAGGCCGAUCCCUGCGUGGGCCUCUUCGCCAAGUUCAUGAGCGUCUUCGAGCCGAAGCUGACCACGUACAACGUCACUGUGCAACCCAACGUCCCCGGCAUGCCUGUUGGAAAGUCUGGCCACCGCGCGGGCGUCACGAACCUCUACGUUGGCACCGACGUAGCCGCCUUCCAGCGCAUCGACCCGACGUCGCUGGAACCACUGGGACCGGCCACGCAGGCCGUCUUCCACCCGGAUCUCAAAGGGCCGAUGUCUAGUGCGCACGCCCAGCGAGAUCCGGAGACGGGAGACUUGUUCAACUACAACCUGGAGUUUGGCCGGACGCCGACGUACCGUGUGUUCCGCGUCAACACCGCGUCCGGCAAGACGGACAUCCUCGCCACCAUCAACGAGCCGGGCCUGCCCGCCGUGUACAUGCACAGCUUCUUCCUAACGCAGAACUUUGUCGUGCUGUGCCUGCCGUCGUCCCAUAUUCGGUGGCACGGGCUCGGGAUAGUGUGGCAGCGCAACAUCGUUGAUGCUAUGGAGCCGUUCAACGCAUCGAAGCGUUGCCGAUGGAUUGUGGUUGAUAGGCGAAAUGGCAAGGGAGUCGUGGCGCGGUUUUCAACACCGGCUGGCUUCUUCUUUCACAGCGUGAAUUCGUUUGAGGAGACAUUCAAGGACGAAAAGGGUGAGGAGCGGACCGCCCUUGUGCUGGACUAUGUCGAGUACGACAGCCUCGAUGUCAUCAAGGGAUUCUAUUACGACGUCAUUCUCGACCGCAAUGAGGCGACCAAGAAGUUCUGGACCAAAGGAGACCGGUUCAAGACAGCAACUCCGCACUUCGUCAGAUACAAAUUCACCAUGCCUCAGCUCGGCACCGCCCCGGACGUGACCUACACAGCCACGGCCGAAAAGCUCCUGACGAUCCGGAACCCGCACGCCGGUGACCUGCCGACGAUCCACCCGGCCCGCCGGUGCAAACCGUACCGGUACGUGUACAGCACGUCGAACCGGGGGCUCAGUACGCUGGUGGACGCGCUGGUCAAGACGGACGUGGGGACGCAGGAGGCGCUGCUGUGGGCUGGCCCAGAGGGACACAUGCCCGGAGAGCCAAUCUUUGUGCCGCGGCCGGACGGGACCGAUGAGGAUGACGGCGUGGUGUUGAGUGUUGUUGUGGAUAGUGUGUCUUCGAAGGCGUAUCUGAUGUGUCUGGAUGCGCGGACGAUGGAGGAGGUGGGGAGGGCGGAGGCGGAGUUUGCGAUUGCCAUGGGGUUUCAUGGGGCACAUGUUCCCUUGCCUUCGUGA